GGCUAUCCCCUGCAGACUGCAAUCAGCUAGACCAAACCACGCCGACAACGCAAGAUUUCGCGGCAAAAAAUUGAACUCCUCUGCCUCCGACUGCCAUGGCUCCGCCGCCAGCCGCCUCCAUUUCCAGCCACCUCCGAGCCCCGCCGCCAUGGCCGCCUCCCAGAAGUACCAGCCAGAGAGCAAGGGUUAGGUGCAGCGUCCUCGCGCCGUCCGGCCAUGUUCUUGAGGCAGCCGCGUCUCCGAGGGACACCGAGAAAUCGUCACACUGGGUCCCGAGGUCCGACGUGAACCUGCAGAUUCAGAGACUGUGUCGGUCGGGUGAGUUGACAGAGGCUUUGAGGUUGCUCGGCUCGGACGGGGUGGACGACCGGAGCUAUGGCGCCGUCCUCCAGCUCUGCUCCGAGGUGAGAUCAUUGGAGGGCGGUAAGAGAGCCCAUUUCCUGGUCCGUGCAUCUGGCCUUGGCAGAGACGGAAUGGACAGCGUUCUCGGACAGAAAUUAGUGCUGAUGUAUCUGAAAUGCGGGGACUUGGCGAGUGCAAGAAGGGUGUUCGAUGAAAUACCUCAAGUAAGCGAUGUGCGUGUUUGGACCGCUCUGAUGAGUGGCUAUGUGAAGGCUGGUGAUUUACGAGAAGGAGUAUCUCUGUUCAGGAAGAUGCACAGCUGUGGGGUUCAACCGGAUGCAUACACCAUUUCAUGCAUCUUGAAGUGCAUUGCUGGUUUGGGCAGUAUCGAGGAUGGUGAGGUGGUUCAUGGUUACCUUGAGAAGUUGGGUUUUGGCUCGCAGUGUGCUGUUGGGAAUGCAUUGAUGGCUUUGUACUCGAGGUGUGGCCAUAAUGAGGAUGCUCUGCGGGUGUUCGAAGGGAUGCCGCAGCGGGAUGCUAUUUCUUGGAACUCUGUGAUCAGUGGCUGCUUUUCAAAUGGAUGGCAUGAUAGGGCCAUUGAGCAUUUUAGCAAAAUGUGGUUUGAAGGCAUGGAGAUCGAUUCAGUGACAAUGCUCAGUGUUUUGCCUUCCUGCGCUGAAUUAGGUUACGAGCUUGUUGGAAGAGUGAUUCAUGGAUACUCUGUGAAAACUGGAUUACUCUGGGAGCUUGAAUCUUUGGAGAGAGGAGUAGAGGAAGAUCUAGGAUCCAAAUUGGUAUUCAUGUAUGUGAAAUGUGGUGAGUUGGGCUAUGCACAGAAGGUGUUUGAUGCCAUGUCAUCGAAAAGUAACAUACAUGUAUGGAAUCUGCUGAUAGGAGGGUAUGCAAAGGCUGGUGAAUUUGAAGAAAGCCUGUUUCUUUUUGAGCAAAUGCGUGAUAAUGGAAUUACCCCAGAUGAACACACCAUUUCAUGCCUGGUAAAGUGCGCCACUAGUUUGUAUGGUGGUAGGGAUGGCCUGGUGGUGCAUGGGUAUCUUGUGAAGCUGGGUUUUGGGGCACAGUGUGCAGUUUGCAAUGCACUGAUAUCGUUCUAUGCGAAAUCCAACAGGAUCGAGGAUGCAAUCUUGUUGUUUGAUGGAAUGCCUCAUCGAGAUGUCAUUUCUUGGAAUUCUAUCAUCAAUGGUUGCACUUUCAAUGGAUUACACGGAAAAGCUAUUGAGCUGUUUGUAAGAAUGUGGUUACAAGGACAUGAGUUAGACUCUGCCACAUUACUAGGUGUUUUGCCUGCUUGUGCACAAUUGCGUCAUUGGUUUCUAGGGAGACUAGUCCAUGGGUAUUCUGUGAAAACUGGCUUGAUCCGUGAGACAUCUCUCACUAAUGUUCUUCUCGAUAUGUACUCAAAUUGCUCAGAUUGGCGUAGCACCAAUAAGAUAUUCAGGAAUAUGGAUCAGAAAAGUGUUGUUUCGUGGACAGCAAUAAUCACGAGUUAUACCAGGGCUGGUCUUUUUGACAAAGUGGCUGGGUUAUUUCAGGAAAUGGGGUUAGAAGGUAUCAGACCAGAUGCCUUUGCAGUCACCAGUGCUCUUCAUGCUUUUGCUGGUAAUGAAUCGCUGAAACAUGGCAAAUCUAUCCAUGGAUAUGCCUUCAGAAAUGGAAUGGAGAAAGUUCUCCCUGUUGCCAAUGCGCUAAUGGAAAUGUACACGAAAUGUGGAAAUAUGGAAGAAGCAAGGUUGAUUUUUGAUGGUGUGAUGAGUAAGGACAUGAUAUCAUGGAAUACACUGAUAGGAGGCUACUCCAGGAAUAAUCUUGCCGAUGAAGCGUUCAGUUUGUUCACUGAAAUGCUGCUCCAGUUCAGACCUAAUGCUGUGACCAUGACCUGUAUCCUUCCUGCUGCGGCAAGCCUUUCAUCCCUGGAGAGAGGCAGAGAGAUGCACGCUUAUGCGCUACGAAGAGGGUACCUGGAAGACGAUUUCGUAGCCAACGCUCUUAUGGACAUGUAUGUUAAGUGCGGCGCGUUACUACUAGCCCGGCGGUUGUUUGACAGGUUGAGCAACAAGAACCUCAUCUCAUGGACCAUCAUGGUAGCUGGAUAUGGCAUGCAUGGCCGUGGCAGGGAAGCCAUUGCCCUGUUCGAGCAGAUGAGGAUCUGUGGCAUUGAGCCAGAUGCAGCCUCUUUCAGUGCCAUACUGUAUGCUUGCAGCCAUUCAGGUCUGAGAGACGAGGGAUGGAGAUUCUUCGAUGCAAUGCGUCAUGAACACAAAAUAGAGCCAAGACUGAAGCAUUACAACUGCAUGGUUGAUCUACUAAUCAACACCGGAAAUUUGAAUGAAGCUUAUGAGUUCAUCGACUCAAUGCCGAUCGAGCCAGAUUCAAGCAUAUGGGUCUCAUUGCUGCGUGGAUGUAGAAUUCACAGGGAUAUCAAGCUUGCAGAGGAGGUGGCAGAGAGGGUUUUCGAGCUGGAACCUGAAAACACUGGAUACUAUGUUCUUCUUGCCAACAUAUAUGCUGAGGCUGAGAGAUGGGAGGCUGUAAGGAAGCUCAGGAGCAAGAUUGGUGGCCGAGGACUCCGGGAGAGAACUGGCUCUAGUUGGAUUGAGGUCAGGGGCAAGGUUCAGGUCUUUGUCGCUGACAACCGGAAUCAUCCACAGGGGGCAAGGAUUGCAGAGUUCCUGGAUGAAGUUGCCACAAGAAUGCAGGAAGAAGGCCACGACCCAAAGAAAAACUAUACUCUGAUGGGUGCCGACGAUGCAGUGAAAGGCGAGGCACUCUGCGGGCACAGUUCAAAGCUCGCUGUCGCAUUCGGCGUGCUGAAUUUGUCAGAAGGGCGUCCGAUCCGUGUGACGAAGAGCUCAAGGCUUUGCACUCACUGCCACGAGGCUGCCAAGUUCAUAUCCAAGAUGUGCAGCAGAGAGAUCAUAUUGAGGGAUUCAAACAGGUUUCACCAUUUUGAACAAGGCAGGUGCUCUUGUAGAGGUUACUGGUGAGAAAACAGUAGUUCCUAAUUACUAAUUUGUGAACCGGCU